ACCCAGAGCAGCAGAGCUCUCAGCUAGACAUGGCGGCGGAUCCUAAGCCGGACUGGCUCUCCUGCCUUCCCUCUUCUUGGAGUUAUGGGGUGACUCAGGAUGGACGCAUAUUCUUCCUCAACGAAGAAGCAAAGAGUACAACCUGGUUGCAUCCUGUUACUGGAGAAGCUGUAAUCACUGGGCACAGAAAAACUCCAGAUUUACCAACAGGAUGGGAGGAAGGAUACACAUUCGAAGGGGCUCGCUGCUUCAUCAACCACAAUGAGAGAAAGGUGACCUGCAAGCACCCGGUGUCAGGCGUCCCCUCCCAAGACAACUGCAUCUUUGUUGUAAAUGAACACGUGAGUUGUGGGAAGCUUGUCCACCCUGACAGGCCCAUAGAGGCUCCCGCCAGGCCGGCUCCCAAGGCUUCGUCAGAGCAGGGCAGCAGCAGUGACAAGAAGGAACGUCCCAUGAGCACCAUGAGCGAGGCUUCAAACUACACGGGCGGCUCCGACUACAGCACCUUCCCUGGCAGCCCUGCCACCACCGUCACCACAGCCACCACCGCCACCUCCACCUCAUCCACACGGCCCUCCAGGUCUUCCAAGAAGGUUCACAACUUUGGCAAGAGGUCCAACUCCAUCAAGAGGAACCUCAAUGCCCCGGUGGUCAAGAGCAACUGGCUUUACAAACAGGACAGCACAGGCAUGAAGCUGUGGAAGAAGAGGUGGUUCGUUCUGUCCGACAUGUGCCUCUUCUACUACCGCGAUGAGAAAGAGGACAGCAUCCUGGGAAGUAUCCUGCUGCCCAGCUUCCACAUCUCCAUGCUGUCGGUGGACGACCACAUCAGCAGGAAGUACGCCUUCAAGGCCACUCACCCCAACAUGCGGACCUACUAUUUCUGCACCGACACAGCCAAAGAGAUGGAAUCCUGGAUGAAAGUCAUGACGGAUGCCGCCCUCGUCCACAGCGAACCGGUCAGAAGAUCAGACAAGUUGAAAGUGGACCAACGGACACCCCAGGAGUUGAACAACUUACUGAACCACAGAGUCUUAACCAGGCCUGAGAUCCAGAACAACGAACGCAACCGCGAACCCAUGCGACAACACUCCCUGUCUCGGGCCGACGACAAACGGCAGAAAGAUGUGGAGAAACACAACAGCCAGAGGGAGCGGGAGUACUACACCUUACAGAGAGACGGGGAGAGGUACUCUCUGAAGAAAGACGGGGUGAGCUACAUGCUGCAGAAGGAUGGAGAGAAGUAUCUCCUCCAUAAGGACGGAGAGAAGUACUUGCUGCGGAAAGACGGCGAGAAAUACUCGCUGCAGAAAGACGGACAGGUGUACGCCAUUCACCGGGACCUGGAGAAGUACACCGUUCAGAAAGUGGACGAAAAGUACACGGCGGCAACGACAGAGGAGAAAUACGCCCCGUCUAAAGAUGGAGAGAAGUAUUUGCUCACGAAGGACGGAGAAAAAUAUGCACUGCAGAAAGUUGGAGACCGGCACGCCCUCCAAAAAGACGGACAGAAAUACGUUCCUCAAAAGGAAGUGAGGAGACAGCUGUCGUUAAAGGAGACAGACAGGUACGGCACAAUGAGGGAGAUGGAGAACAAAUAUGGUACCAUACAAGUUGUGGACAAAUACGGCACUCUGAAGGAAGUGAAGAAAUACUGUACGCUACGAGAAGGGGAUAAAUACGCCACCCUCAGAGACGCAGAGAAGUAUGCUACAGUUCGUGACGGGGAUAAAUACGGCUUCCAGAGAGACCCGAGCGCAGAGAGGUCUCUGACUAAAAUCAGCAGCAUCAAGCUGCAGCCGGCUCAGGCCGCCGCCAUCGCAGCGGCGGUGUCCGCGUCUCGCCAGAGUCAGGCCAACCUGGCCAGCGUCCAAAAGCCCGCGCAGGUGAACGGCCAGGGGUCCGGGGCGGGGGAGAAGACCGGGGACUGCAGCCCGGCAGAGGUGGAUGGUAGCCUGGCUAGGGCUCCGGUAAAGUCCCCCGCUCCAGCGCAGGAGCCGGAGAGGGGUCUGUCCAGGACCAACUCCAUGCAGCAGCUGGAGCACUGGGUCCGUGCACACAGGUCAAGAGGAGUGGAUGACGACACCAGGAGCAUUACAUCCUACCAGACCUUACCCAGGAACAUGCCCAGCCACCGUGCUCAGAUCGUGCCCCGCUACCCAGAGGGCUAUCGCACGCUGCCCCGCAACAGCAUGAUGAGGCCCGACAGCAUCUGCAGCGUGGCGGGCUCCGUGUACGACCGCGCGCUCCGCCCGGCCUCGACCACCACCGUCGCCACGGCGGAGAAGAGGAGGUCGAUGAGGGACGACACCAUGUGGCAGCUGUACGAGUGGCAGCAGAGGCAGGCCUUCUCCAGGCAGAGUCUGGCUCAGCCAACAGCUGUGGGUCACUAUGGCACCUUGCCCAGCACAAAGACGAUGGGCAACAUCUCUGAACACGCUGUGGCACACUCCAUCCCCACCUCGCCAUCCCACGGCUCCCUGGCCCUCUACAGCACCUUCUCCCCUCCCCGCCAGCAGGUCGCUCCCAACCCCAGCAACUCCCACUCCGAGGUGUCCUCGCCGGUGUUCAGGGGGGACGUGACGCUGGACCGCCGGCACAGGACACAACUUGCCAAGUACGGCUACCCAACGGACCGGCGAUCAAUAGCAGCUGCUGUCCCUCCUCAGACCAUCACCCCACAGUCCCUGCAAGGCAAGACGCCCGAGGAGCUGACCCUACUGCUGAUCAAGCUCCGCCGGCAGCAGGCGGAGCUCAACAGCCUGCGGGAGCACACAGUAGCUCAGCUAAUGGCCCUGGGUAUGGAGGGGCCCAACGCCAAGACUGAUGUUCUUUCCCAUCACCUCCAGAGGAACCUUAUUUACCUGGACAGCCAGAUCAGCCCGGACGACUACAAAGACGGCUCCUUCGUCCCUCGCACAGAGGAGGCUGACAUAGACACCAAGCUGAGCCGACUGUGUGAGCAGGACAAGUCGGUGAAGAUGCAGGAGGAGAAGCUGCAGCAGCUACACAGAGAGAAGCACACUCUGGAAACGGCCCUGCUGUCAGCCAGUCAGGAGCUGAGCGAACAGACGGGCUCCAACGCCGCAGCCACACAGAGCCUGAUCCAACAGAGAGACGUGCUGCAGAACGGCCUACUCAGCACCUGCAGAGAGCUGUCCAGAGUCAACGCUGAGUUGGAGCGCUCCUGGAGGGAGUACGACAGGAUGGAAGCAGAUGUCACUCUGGCCAAGUCCAACCUGCUGGAACAGCUGGAGGCCCUGGGCAGCCCACAGACAGAGCCUCCCAGCCAGCGGCACAUCCAGAUCCAGAAGGAGCUGUGGAGGAUCCAGGACGUGAUGGAGGCUCUGGCCAAGAACAAACCACAACGGGGCACAGACGACAAUUUCCCUGGUUCCAAACCUCUGUCCAGUCUCCAGAAGAACGAGGCAGUGACACUGCUGCCACUCAGUCCUCUCGAGGAGGGACACGGCGUGCCCCCCCGCCCGCCCCUCCCCCAGUACUACGACUCAUCAGAGCGCCCACCUCACGCGCCCCCCCACCACACCACACACCCCAGCGGCCGCCUGGCCCCGCACACGCUCCGCCCCGAGGACCGCAAGGCCGGCUCCAGGAACGGAGCGCACAGCCAAGCUCCAGACUAUCGGCUCUAUAAGAGCGAGCCUGAGCUGACCACAGUCAAGGAGGAAGUGGAUGAGGCCAAUGGUGAGGACAAGGACAAGACGGAGACCUCUGCUGAGGGUAAAGACGCCACAGCCUCAAAAGUGCCCCCCUACCCGGUGGGCAUUGUCCCUCCCAGGACCAAAUCUCCGAUGAGCCCACCUGAGUCCUCCACCAUCGCCUCCUACGUCACCUUGAGGAAGACCAAGAAGCCUGAAUCCAGAUCAGACCGUCCCCGGAGUGCGGUGGAUCAGAUGGGUUUUGGGGAGCGAGAGGUGGGAAGGACGAGGAUGAGCGUGGAGGAACAGCUGGAGAGGAUGAGGAGGAACCAGGAGGCCUCGACGCUCCGAGAGAGGAGGAGGGAAACCCCGUCCCGCUCCCCCUCCUUCAGCAAAGACAACCCUUUUAUUAUCCUGCAGACCCGUGCCCAGGCAGAGGGGGCCUGUGCAGACCCCGUGGAGUUGGAGGCAGCUCUGCAGCAGCUGAAGGUGGCUCACGUGGAGCAGAGCAGGACGGCUGCUGAGGCUGCUGGGACUCACACAGAGAGAGCAGCGACUGCACCGCAGGAGGUGCAGAGAGCAGAGGAGGUGAAGGGUGGGCUGUGUGAGGAGGUGCAGCAGGGCAGAGGAGCGAGCCUGCAGAGAGGGAAGGAGCCGCAGACUGAAACCAACAGCAUAGACAGUGAGCUGUGUGAAAGUCAGAGGGUAGUGAUUCUGGACCUGGGCACCGAGCCUCGGCGUGUGGAGAUCGUAAACCUCGAGCCCUUUGAGGAUGACGAAAGCAGAGAGCAAGAUCUGACGAGCUCACCUACAAACACCACCACUGAAAACAGCUUCCAGACUCCCGAGCCUGAGACGCCCAGUCCAGAGCCCAAAGACGAGGACGGAGACACGACGCAGCAGACCGCCAGAGACGAGAAGCUGGAGAGGAGCCUGGAUUCUUAUAACCAGCUGACGGCAGACGACAAGAAACACAACAACAACAACAACAACAUGUUGGCCUCUCAAACCUUCACCUUGGUGAGCAGCGACACGUGAGCUUGGACGCCGGGCCCUGACAUCCUCAGCGGCGUCCCGUAUAGAGCCCCAAAUGUAGCCAGCCUGCACAGAGCAUGCUCCACGGCUUCCUGCGUUUACAACAGAACUACUUUGAUACUACUGUUACAUGCCCACAAGGAGACUGAGACUGAGGGGCCGCCAUCGCGUUCCAGGUCGGAGACGACAGGCAGAUGUACUGUAUCUUUAGCACCUAAUAGAUCUGUCCAUACUGAUAUGUCCUGAAGCUAAACAUUAAUUCCUUGUUGUCACAUUUGUCCCGAACGAAUCUUCUAUACAUAAAUAGAAGAUUGUGAAAUGGUUUAGUUAUUUAAAAAUGACUGUCUGUUUGAGCUGAAAGACGAAUCAGUCGGAUGUUCAAAUUCCAACAGUGUUUUUGUUGCUAACAAGACAACAGCUAAGCUGUGACAGGCAGACACACAGGAAGAAGAAGAAAGGAGCUGAACACCAGGAACACCCCCCCCCCCACCUUCCCCCACACACCUGUUGGCAGGUGUACUCCAGUACUAUCAGUCUGAUUGGUUGGUGGCUGGAGCUGCAGAUUGGGUUCUCUGGCAGCAGAGGUGAUGAGGUAACCUCUUCUCUUUCCCCCUGAUUUUAACACUUAGAUUCCACGACUCUGACCUGAGAGAAGAGGUAAAGUCGUGUUUCUCCUCCAGAACCUCGUUCAUCUGAGGAGGAAGCUUUCGAGCUGACGAAAUGAGUUUCUUCCUCAGAGACAGGAUGAGGAGCUCAGGCGUCCUCUGUGAAGCAGACCACUGCUGCUACUCUCUAUCAAAAGCAACCAGCUGAAGGUAGUUCAGGCCUCUGACAAAUACACAUCCUUGGACACUUCUCUUAAGGGGUUGUCCAGACGUCUUCAACUGAACUGAGGUCAGGAGGUAACGGCUUACACGAGGGGAACAGUUCAUCACUGCAACACCGACCAUUUCUAUGAGCUGCAGCCUUAUACGAGCUUCUAUUUAUCUCUGCUUUCUCUGUGGCAGUUACAGAAUAUUACCUGUGAAGUAGCCAGCGGAUCCAUUGCCUUACGUUACCACAGACACUAACUGGAAACCCAUUUUCUUUUCUUUUUUUUUCCUUUCUUUUUUUAAAGAGUUAAAGCUAUAAAUAGAAAGAAUUAAACCAUUUCACAAUCCUCGACUGUAUGUACGACUUGUUCUGGGGGAUAAUAUAGCUCCAUAGAAACACGUUGCCAAAUACACACAGACACACACACACACACGUCAGUAUACAAAAAACGUUUGAUACCUUACUACGUAUUAAAGUCAUCUUAACAUAAUAAUUAUUAAAAUUAGAUUAUUCUAAUGAUCUGGAGGAGGGGGGACGUUAGCUGUUACCAGAGGUGAGUGCACAGCUGUACAUAGGAGCACUUGAGAUGGGCUAAGCACCAAAACUCCCACACACACACAUGCAGUGCUUUACUUUAACCCCAAAGUGACCAACAAUGCUGAUGGUCUUGGAUUUUUAUAACCUGCUCUCAUUUUGAACUCUUUGUGUUGAUUUGAGACCAGAGGCUCCUUUAUCGCUAAUAUUUUCACAUAGUUUGCACCUGCAACAGAACAGAUUGUCCUUCGUUCGAUACACAUAUAUAAAUAUAUACAUAUAUAUAUAUAUAUAUAUAUAAAUGAUCUUAAAGCAGGUUUUUACUUCAACACGGUGCCACUUCAUGCUGCUGUUUAUCUCCCUUUUUUUCUGGACAGAACUAAGUAUCUUGCAGAAGUUGUGAUUAUUUAUGUCGAGCAAACGACUGCAGCCUGUUGGACGACUCACACAGUAUGUGAAUGUGUUGGAUUUCCACUCUCCGUUUUUUUUGUUUUUUUUUCCGAACUGUCCCUUUUUGUUGUUCUCUCCUUGGUUUACAUGACUUUAGAUGAUCUACAGUAGAGAGGCUGAGGACUCCACUCAGAUCAGACGUUAUGGCUUUUGAAUCCGUCCCAGGUGGCGAAGAAUCGGAGAAUAGCACACGUACGAAGCAAUAAGUAGGACUUUGGAGCUCCAGGACAUAAAAGAAAUUUAAAAGAGAUGUAUAAACUGUAAAAAAAAAAAAAAAAAAACUAAACUAAAAAAAAGAUAGCAUAAUUUAUGUACACACUGAAAAGAAGAGCGAAUAUUAUAACUAUAAGAGGUUAUUAUUAUUAAUAUUAUUAGGGUCAAUAUGCAAAAAGUUCAUACCCAUCUGUUUUAUAUCAUGUGAAAUAAAUGUUGAUGUUCUUAAAACAUGUUUGUAACUGUUUUUCUUUUUGACUUCUGCUUUUCAGGUUUGCUUUUCUGACCUUUCUUUUGAUUUGAAGUAAACCUGUGGUUCUAAGUGUACCUGUGGUUAUAGACACAUAUAGCAAAGUGCCUAAAGAGCCCGCACUAAGUGAGCACAUACUGAAGGUUAAACCCAAACUUCAUCUGUUUGUGAAAGCUCUGGAAAAAAAAAACUAGUAAGUGGACCUUGAGUUGGGAUUGUUUUGUCAAUUAUUCUUUCAACUUUGAUGCUUCAUUUGUAAGCCAACACACAAAAAGUCCCAAAAGUGUCGUUCAAAGUAAACUCAAUCCAACAAUGAAGACCAUGUGAUAUGACUGAAAGC